AUGGCUACGGCAACCCAGAUCCGGCUGCAACCCCCAGCAGGCGUGGCCUGCGCCCGUGCCCGUCCCCCGGACAAAUCCCUGGAGACGGCGAGCCGACUUCUGCAAAAGAACCACAAUGAUCACCAUAUCUUUUGGCGGCCCGUGGCCGGUCACAACCACGUAGCUCACUCCGUGCUGAACAUCCUGGCGCUCGGCGGCGGGCCGCGCGAUCUGCAACGGGCGUUCAACGACGGGGUGGAUAUCCAAGUGCCCAUGCCCCCGCUCGAUGAGGAGGCCGUGGCCCGCAUGAGCAGCAACAGCAGCAGCAGCCCCGACGACCCCUUGCGCGCGUGGAUGGGGCGUCUGGAUCAGUAUCCGAACUUCCUGCACUUCUUCUCCCGCGAGAUCGAGGCCAAGGGAGCCCCCACCGUUAUCCGCCAGUACUGCUUCGGCGGCACGUCCGUCGCGGAGACCAUGUUCGCGAAUCUGUUCGAAGGGUUGUACCACCCGCUGAUCCACAUGGCGCUGGGCGUCGAGUUCGAGCAGCCGGGCAUCGUGGCCGAGGGCCUCGCCCAGGCCGCCUGCCAUGAUUCUAUGGGCAUUGAGCCGUUCCUGGUCCGCUCCGAGGCGCGAGCCCGAACCAACGCCGGAGCAGGAGCCCCUCUCCCGCCAUUGAUGGAGCUGUUAGAUGCGGUGCGCGACAAUGAGGCCCUGCAGAAGGCCGCUCAUGGGUAUGAGGAUGGUCCGGCCCGCGUGCGCGACGGCAUUCUGGGCGCGGCCGGGGAGGAGAUCACCGCCAUCGCCGCGGACUUUCGCGUCCCCGUCGAGCAGUGGGACCGCCGCGCGGCCGAAAUGUACAGCUGCGCGGCUUACCUGGCCGGGGCGGCCCAGCGGCCCGGCAAGGCCCGCAAGGUCGACUUCUUUCACCUGCACACGGUUACCUCUGCGCUGGGGCUGAUGGUCCUGCUCCAGCAGCCCUGGAUCCGAGACAUCGAGAAAGCGCGCCUGCUGGAGUGGAAGACCCGCGUGGACCUGGUGUGGUACGCGGCCACCGGGGCGGUCGAGCUCCGGCUGCAAGACGUCGCGGACUACAAGCCCCGCCACGAGGGCUGGGACUGGGAGCGCCUGUACCAGGCGACGCUGCAGGUUCACGAUGACGGCCACUUGGCCAAAGUGGUCCGAGCAUUGAGGGUUGGAGAACAGAUUGUCAGACCGUGGGAGCAGGGGCACCAGGCGGAGUUCUUCCCCAUUACAGGGCCCUUGUGGCUCCGCAUCGCCCAGAUGGCCUACGAUUCGAGUGCGGGUCAUCCGAUCGAGGAGAAAUGGAUUUGGGGCGUGGGGUUUGACCAGAACUGGGCGGCCGUACCGGCAAUAUUGUAG